CAUUUUACCUCAUUGCAUCGGCCGAAUCUGCACUAGAAUCAUGAGCGCUGGAGACGCCACAUACGAGGAGGUCAAGAAGCUGAGCCAAAGCAGCACCGGGUACAUCAUUGAUGUGAGGAACCCAGAGGAGGUGCAGAGGGGCAAGAUCCCAAAUUCCAUCAAUAUCCCAGUCGCUGAGUUUGAGGCGGCGCUGAGAAUGGACCCCGAGACCUUCCAGAAGACGUUUCAUGUAGAGAAACCCAAACCCAGUGAGGAGAACAUUAUCACUCACUGUUUCAUGGGGAAAAGAGGAGCCCAGGCUACAGCGAUUGCAGCUGCGCUCGGAUACUCCCACGCACGCAACUACCCCGGUGCCUACAUGGAAUGGGCUGAAAAGGAGGGACAUUGACAAAAUUAGUGUGUGUGGGGGGGGGACAAAUAUCCGUUUCACGUGCCCCGUUACCACCGUUUAGUUUCUGAUAAGUGUAACUUAUUCUCCCUGCUCCUCUUGCAAUUAAAUCUCUGCACUGAUUUGCACUCCA